ACAGAUUUCAUACAAUAACCAACAACUAUAUAUAUUAUUGCCGUACGCAUAUGAGAUGGGCAUUGAAAACGCAACUGAUACAUAUCGUUUUAUGUGAGAAGUCAAACUACCUGCAAUGCAGAAACUGAACAAUAUCUAACCAAGUGGGUAGCCGACAAUAUACUGUGCCACCGGUCCUAAAGUGAUCAAUAGUAGAUGAACUCAUGCUUUUUAUCUCUCAUCGCGUGGGACAAGAUCAGUACCUCAUUUGGGAGGCUAGAUUGACUUCAAAAUAACACCAUCCGGCUCGUUCUUGUAUAUAGGACUGAAUUUGGUAGGGUCCUGUAGGCCUAUAUAGGCUUUCAAGGAUUUGGUAAACCAGAUAUAGGUGGAAUCCUAUAAGAAGAUGGCUUUCCCUUCUUGCCUAUCCCUGAAAGACAUCCCAUUCCGAUACCUCUUUAACUUCUUCGCGACUGUUCAGUCCUUGGCCAUUAUCCUUGAUAACUCUGAGAGCGAUGGCCGAACGUUCCUUGCUGCACUUGGCUUCACGGAAAACCAGAUUAACUACCUCUACGACAGGUACAGAAGACCAGUCUUUGAAGGUUUGAUAAUGAAGCGUCCUGGAAAGGAGACUGUUGGAGUUAUUUACCGGGCUCUGGCGUCGAGUCAUCAGGAAGAAGCCUUACGGAAGUUCUACACAUGUCUCUGUGAAAAUUUAAAUGACCGUCGACCAGAUCAGGAUUGGAUGACUAUAUUGAAUUCAACCAAUUAUCGACUCUCCGCUGCAGUAACAUGGCCACAAAUUCUCAUGAGAACAUACAUCUAUCCUAUCCUGGAUCGCGUGCAGAAUAUCUUAUCCUGGAUCUUUCCAUUCAGCUUGUCCUACGCCUCCGACAUGUACCGGAAAGUCAGUAACUUGAUGAACUUUUUGUACAUGUUGGUGUGGUGUGUGACCGUUGUCCAGAACGUCAUCAGCAUCUGCACAGAGGGGCGUCCCCACAACCUGGUAACCAUCUUCAUCUCCAUAUCUCUAUGGAUCAAACUUUACCUGACCAAGGAACCUCUGAAUCAGCUCAGAGAGAUUUUGACCAGAGGAAGCGACGAGGCGAGAAGGCGGAGAGCUGAUUUCCUCUACAAGGAGGUCCGGAUCGCCCUUCUCUUCGUGUUUUUCUUCAAACUCAUUCUCCUCUCGCUUGGUGGCAUCCUUUUCUAUACCUACCCCCAGAUGAUCAUUGAUGAUUUCCAAAGCAAGAUGACUCAGUUUGUCUUGUUUCUUUUCGUCUUUGAAUUGUGUCAUAAUGCAUUCUAUUUGAAUGCAUUCUACAAAGAUUCGAACAUUUUCCGGAUCAUCGAGGAGCUCUUCCCACAAUAAGCAUGGCCCUGGGAAGCGGGGUACUGGGGGUGCUGAAGCAUGCAUGCACCACAAGAUUUUCCUGGGGGGAAGGGGUAGGUCUGAAAAAUGGAGAACUGUAACCCCAAAAUGACCUACAUUUUGUAGUGAAACCCUUUUCUUUCUUUUUUUUUGUCAAAUUUCUCUGGACAAAAAUGACCUUCAUUUUUUAGUUAUACCCUAACUAAACCCUUAUUUAUUUGCUUGCCAAAUUUACAUCAGCACCCCCACAAAAAAAUCGUUUUGGGCCCAGGGCCCUGACAAUGAGAAAUUUCGAUAAUUGCUCCCAAAUGAGACUGUUAAUAAGCAAUAAAGAUCGGCUUGAUUUUUAUGAUAUAGCAAUUUAUAUUACUGCGCCUUAUUUUUUCAGCUAGUGGAUGAUAUGACCUGCCACUCCAAAAAAACAUUUAGUCUCCCAAAGUGAUAUUUUUAGUGACAUUUCUAAAGCACACCCUCAGAUUAAAAACGAAAUAUAACUUGUCAAAUUUGAUCAAAAACAACCCACACAGAAUGUCAGAGGUUAUGCCCUCAAUGAUAUCAGUUAAUUGCUACCUCGUCAAAGGGUUAUGUCCAAAUGGUGAAAUAAUUCGGACAGUUUUUUUACAUUUACUUUGCAUUUUUUACUCUAGUGUGUGUAUGCCUUUUGUAAGGGCAUGUGUAUAUUCAUGGAAAAUGUAUUGUUAUAACUAUAUGACGCAAUUAGGCUAAUUUUUUGCAUCUUAUGUGAAAAAAGAGGGCAUUCAUAUUAUGUGAUAUAUAUGAAAUAUACAUCUAAUUAUGUAA